UGUACAUAAUAAGAAAUUUUCUUUCAUGCUUGAGAACAGCACUUACCUCUACCACCCCCAUCUUCUAUAUCCAUUUCCAACUUGUACCAACUCAUCCCCAAGAUGAGGAGGGGAUCACAGAGACUAAUCCAUCUUCUCUUGGUAUGGUUUCUGCUUGCUGCGCUUCAAAACCGUUGCAGCAUUACCUUUGAGGUCCAAGCUACAGAAUCAGUUGAUUUCAAGCUCAGACCUGCACAACUCAGCUCUAGGUCAACCAGUGCAUACAUUCUAACUACCUGGGUUGAAGAGGGGAAGAACCAUAAAGCCUCAUCUGUUCCUAACCCGGUUGGAAAUCAUCGCCCACCAUCAAGGGGAUGAAUCAUCAACCACCAUUCUUGCCUUUAUCCCGUACAAACGGGGGUCAGCCAUCAAGGGGAUGAAUCGAUGAAUGGAAACGUUCAGCAUAAUAGGUUGGAAAGAUUCAGUGUUUUCCUUUAGAGGUGGUGGAGUUUAGACACAUUUGUGUAGGUUGGAAAAGUUUUAUGAUUUUAGGGGGUGAUGUUUGUACAAAGGAAUAUAUUUGAAGACUUCAAAUUCCAUGAGAAUUUAAGUAAUAAAUGUCUCCGCAAAUUUAAUUCUAAAAACAUCUAGAACAUUUCCAAAAGG